GAAAACUUUACUCGGGUGCACCCAACGAAACUCAAAUCGCGUUACACAAUUACCCAAAUUCACCCUGAAAUUUUAAGAUAAAAAAUUUUAUCUCUAAGGUGCAUCCAACAGUAUUUUCGAACGACUCGCUAUCACACAAAUUGUGAAAUGGUGUGAGUUUUAUCAGGUGCACCCGGGUGAAGUUUCCGAACACGACCUAAUAAGCAACCUCUCUCGUAGGUGGCCCCAAACGGACUCUUGUGUCUUAACAUUCCAGCUAGAAAGUAGACUUUCUCUUUGGUUCAGCCUUCAGAUAAAAAAAAGAAAGCAUCGUUCUUCCAUCUUGGUCCGUCCGCGACCAUAUGUGCGGCAUGCGUUUCACAAGGUCAACAGCUGACUCGGUUGUGUAUAUAUACGGAAGGGGAGAAUAAUCGCGUAUUUUUAUAUGCGUCGUCGGCGUCGUGUUGAUGUACCGCGUAUUUAGAGAUCAUACUACUUUCGGCGGUCGAACGUGGCUCUUCGGUGGCCGGACAGACCUGUCGCAAAUCAAGAUCCAAGUGCGUGCGACGCGUGUACUCUAACAUGCUUUCCUUUGGAAGUUGUAAGGAGUACCGGCAUUUUCGUGUACUGAUGCCGGUACUCCUGAGUGCCUGUGCCAUCCCAAUCUCGAUGCUUUUCUGGAUAGUGAACGUGACUUAUUCGCUUCUAUGGCCGGACACAACUAACUUGACAGAAGAGCAUUCUGUGAUCUCACCAUGGAGAUGGUUGGCUGCAGUUGUCAUUCCAAUUAUGUUUAUGUUUUGGGGUUUGCGCAAGAAAAGUCUGGAUGUCAGUGGUGCAUUUCUUGGCUUUUUUGUGGGUUUUUUCCUGGUACUCGCGAGUUUUAUUCAUACAAUGGCUCUCAUUACAUUUUUUGUCACUUCAUCAAAGAUAACAAAAUUUCGGUCUACGCAAAAGAGUAAAUUCGAAGCUGAUUUCAAAGAGGGUGGUCAACGGAACUGGAUCCAGGUUUUAUGUAAUAGUGGCAUGGCUACGCAAUUAGCUAUAUUAUAUUUAUUGGAUGUCGGAAGUGGAGAACGGCCAAUCGACUUCGAUAAGGAAUAUCGAAACUCGUGGUUAUCUGUUGGAAUAAUAGGAGCAUUUGCGUGUUGCAAUGGUGACACGUGGGCUUCCGAGAUUGGGACAGUAAUCAGCACAAGUGAUCCUUUCCUCAUCACGACGAGAAAAAAAGUACCGAAAGGAACGAAUGGUGGUGUAUCAUGGAUAGGUUUGAUAUCUUCUCUCGUUGGUGGUUUAAUAGUUGGACUUUUCUGUUAUAUUACGAUAAUAAACACCGUUGAUACAGCCGUACUGCAAUUAGCAGCGCCACAAUGGCCGAUUGUAAUCGUCGCCGGAUUUGGAGGUCUCUUUGGCAGUAUAUUAGAUUCUAUUCUCGGCGCGACUUUACAGUAUUCAGGAGUGGACGAAAAAGGUAUUAUAGUAGAGCGGCCAGGGAAAGGUGUAAGACACAUUUGCGGUAAACAAAUCUUAGAUAAUCACAGUGUAAAUCUCCUUUCUUCUAUAGGUAUUGCACUGAUUCUUCCGAGAAUAGCCAAUAUUUUCUGGCCAUAAAAGGAUUAAAUAUCUCCCAGACUUAUUUAACAACAAAAUGUUCUAAUAUUGCAUUUAUUAUUUUUCUACAUUCUAUAUUCAAACAAAUUGAAUUGUAUAUCUUAUACAUUUAUCUAUGGUGUUUUACUUAGGAAUAAAAAUAUUACAUUAGGAAUUAGAGAAUCUUGCUUAAAUUA